AUGACCGUGAAAACACACCAAAGAAUUCACACAGCGGAGAAGGCUUAUACAUGCUCAGAAUGUGGAAAGGGCUUCAGAUGGAACUGCGACCUUAACUUACAUAAAAGAAUUCAUACAGGGGAGAAGCCUUAUAAAUGCUUAGAGUGUGGAAACAGUUUCAGUCAAGGCCAGAGCCUUAAACGUCAUGAAAGUAUUCACACAGGGGAAAAGCCCUUUAAAUGCUCAGAGUGUGGAAAGAGCUUCAGUCGGCGCUUCGACCUUAACUCACAUCAAAGAAUUCACACAGGGGAGAAGCCCUUCAAAUGCCUAGAAUGUGGAAAGAGCUUUAGCAGGAGCUCUGGUCUUAAAAUACACCAAAGAAUUCACACAGGAGAGAAGCCCUAUAACUGCACGGAAUGUGGAAAGAGUUUCAGUCAUGGCCGUAGCCUUAAACAACAUAAAAGAAUUCACACAGGGGAGAAGCCAUAUACAUGCUCUGAGUGUGGAAAGAGCUUCAGUCAAAGUUCCCAUCUGAAACAACAUCAAAGAAUUCACUCAGGGGAGAAGCCUUAUGAAUGCUCAGAGUGUGGAAAGUGCUUCAGUCAAAGCAUGACACUUAAAAUACACCAAAGAAUUCACACAGGGGAGAAGCCCUUUAAAUGCUCAGAGUGUGGAAAGAGCUUCAGUGAUAGCUCCAGCCUUAAAGUUCAUCAAAGAAUUCACACAGAGAAUGGAGUGAAAGAGUGGAAAUGCUCUGCAUGUGGAAAGAGCUUCAGUCGGAUUUCCACCAUUAAAAAACAUCUAAGAAUUCACACAGGGGAAAAACCCUAUAAAUGUUCAGAGUGUGGAAAGAGCUUCAGUCAGAGCUGCAACCGUAAACUCCAUCAAAGAAUUCACACAGGGGAGAAGCCUUAUAAAUGCUCAAUGUGUAGAAAGAGCUUCAGUGGAAGCUCCGACCUUAAAAAACAUGAAAGAAUUCAUACAGGAGAGAAGCCCUAUAAAUGCUCAGAUUGUGGAAAGAACUUCAUUCAUAGGUAUAUCCUUAAACUGCAUCAAAGAAUUCACACAGGGGAGAAGCCCUAUCAAUGCUCAGUGUGUGGAAAGAGCUUCAUUCAGAGUGCCAGCCUUAAACAACAUCAAAAAAUUCACACAGGAGAGAAGCCCAAUAAAUGCUCAGAGUGUGGAAAGAGCUUCAGUGGAAGCUCCGACCUUAAAAAACAUGAAAGAAUUCAUACAGGAGAGAAGCCCUAUCAAUGCUCAGAGUGUGGAAAGAGCUUCAGUCAUAAGUAUGUCUUUAAACAACAUGAAAGAAUUCACACAGGGGAGAAGCCCUAUCAAUGCUCAGUGUGCGGAAAGAGCUUCAUUCAGAGUGCCCACCUUAAACAACAUCAACAAAUUCACACAGGGGAGAAGCCCUAUCAAUGCUCAGUGUGUGGAAAGAGCUUCAGUCGGAGCACCCAUCUUAAACAACAUCAAAUAAUUCACACGAGAGAAGCCCUAGCUCCAAGGACUUUUGAGUCUGCUCACAAAUCCAUCCAGUUCAAGAGCAAGUGCCGGAGGAGAGGUGCUUCAAGGCCUCCUGGGUCACGGAGAGCUUGGGAGGAGGCUCAGGGCAGAGCAAGCACAGAAUACUGGAAGAUCCUGUCCUUCUUAUUUGCCAUUCAGGAGAUCAACCAGGAGCCCAGGAUCUUACCCAACCUCACCCUGGGCUACAACAUCCAAGACAACUACUUUGAUGCAAAAAUGACUUCAGACACCUUGCUAGACCUGCUGUCUCCUGGGCAGGGCAAUACGCCCAACUAUAAAUGUGGAAGGAAAAAUCACCCAUUGGCCAUCCUGGAAGGGGCUGACUCUGACAUCUCCAUCCAGAUUGCAACCAUGUCGAGCACCUACAAAAUCCCACAGGUGAAUUAUGCUUUUGUUUCUCAUGUUCUGAGCGAUAGAACUCAGUUCCCUUUUUUCUACCCAACCAUCCCCAAAGAAGGAAGCCAGUACCCGGGGAUUGUCCGACUGCUCCUGCAUUUCAGGUGGACCUUGGUCGGUCUUGUCGCUCCAGACACGGACAACGGAGAGAGUUGCAGGAGGACAUUGGCACCGGAGCUCACCAGGAACGGCGUUUGCGUUGCUUUCGUACAAAGCAUCCCAGGAAUGAACAGGAACAAAGUGGUGAUCCGUUAUCCCUCAUUCGAGAAGUGGAGACAAGUGAAUGCCUUGGUCUACUGUGCAGAGACUGGCUCCUUCUUAAAUGGCAUACACAUUAUGCAAAAGGUAAUUAAAAUGUUAAUGAAACCUGUUGUAGGGGAAGUCUGGAUCACAACGGCUUUGUGGGACCUCACCUUGGAGUUGAUGCAUCAAGUGUCUUUUCAAAACAUCCGUGGACUUUUUUCCUUCUCCAUCCAGACAAAUAAAAGGAAAAAAUACGUUGAUAUUUCACACUUUUACUUUGCUAUCAAGCAGUUUGUGGAGAAAGCCUUUAGCUGUUCCUAUUCCAGGCACGCCUUGUCUGUGAAAGGCUGGACCAGAUGCAGGGAGAAUGAGAAACCGGAGGCCCUGCCCCAAGAGGACGUGGAGAGGAUUCUGUCUCUGGACACCUACGUCAUUUACAACACCGUCCACGCUGUGGCCCGCGCCUUAGGCGCUGCUUGCACGAGGCGGGCGGUGGAGCGUGGAGCCAGGCUGGAUGUUCAGAGGCUGCACCCAUGGCAGUUUCACACUUUCUUGAGAAGCUCCCAGUUCUACAAUAAUUCUAUGGACCAAGUGUAUUUGGACGAGGACGGAGACCUGGCGGCUGACUUUGACAUCGUGAACUGGGUGGUGUUUCCCAAUUGGUCUGUCGUAAGGGUGAAAUUUGGGAGCCUGGAACGACGGGGGUCCCCCGGCCUCACGUUCACCAUCAACCAGGAGGCCGUGGUGUGGCCCAAAUGGCUCAACCAGGUGGGGGAAAGCAUUCCUUGA